AUGGCUACCACGACAGAAACCGUAACAGCAGCCGCCCCUCUGGCCCUCAAGCUGAGCCAAAGGCCCAAGAACGCCGACGGCUCUGCGCUGUAUCCAGACUUUCUCCCACACUACGAUCCUCUGGAAAAGGUGGACGACCUGGGCUACUUUGAACACAUUGACGUUGGGCACCGGGCCGACCCAACCUUUCCCAACCUGCUCAAGAACGCCACCAAGGUGUACGAUCUGUCCCCCAACGUGGGUACCGAGAUCGAGGGCGUGCAGCUUUCGCAGCUGAGCCCCGAGGGCCUAGAUGAGCUGGCCCUCUUGGCUGCGCAGCGUGGCGGCCUCGUCUUUCGCAACCAGGACUUUAUCGGGAUUGGCCUCGAGGAACAAAAGAAGGUUGUCGCCCAUUUUGGACCGCUGCACGUUCACGGAUGGGCGCCUCAUCCCGCUGCCGGCAGUCCGGAGCACAUGAUUAUUUACGAUCACAAGGAGGAUUUGCGCGUCCGCCGCUCAUGGAAGGGUCGGAGCCCGGUGCAGUGGCACUCGGACCAGACGCCGGAGCCGCAGCCGCCGGGAGUGACCUUUAUCGGGAUGCUCGAGUCGCCGGCGGCCGCGGGCGGCGACACGCUCAUGAGCUCGAGCGUGGCGGCGUACCGGUCGCUGUCGCCGCGGUUCCGCAAGCGCCUCGAAGGCCUGACGGCCAUUCACAGCAACAACGACGGCGUCAAGCAGGAGCUCAAGAAUGGUGAUAAUGCCGUCAUGCGCCGCCAGGAGCUGAUCCAGGAGCACCCUGUUGUUAUUGUGCACCCAGUCACCAAGGAAAAGGCCUUGUUCGUGAACCCUGUGUACACCAAGCGCAUCGUGGGUUUCGACGAGGAGGAGUCGGAUUACCUCCUCAAGUUCCUUUUCGACCACAUUGCCAAGAGGCAAGACUUUCAGUGCCGCAUCCGCUACGAGGCCGGCACGGUGCUUGUGUGGGACCAGAGAGUCACGAAUCACUCGCAAACGUUGGACUACCCGGCCGGUGACAGGAGGCAUGCUUUCCGUCUGACUUCUUUGGCUAAUAAGCCUAUUCCAGCACUUAUUGAAGAGGAUGAUGGAGAAUGUGCCAAGGAUCUUGGAAGAGUUCAAUUGGGACUGUGCUGA